AUGGAUCAACAAUACCACGCCCCCGAUCCCCGUUCUGGUGCCAUCAGACAAGCCGAACUCAACCCCAUCUUAGGAUAUAAACCUGACUUCAUGCCAUCGGUUGUAGAAUCCACAUUCCCCCAAGUGCAGGACGAGCUAAAGGUGGCGGACUAUCAUGACUUGUUGGAGAUUCCACUGGAGACCAACAAACCCGAUACUGAAGAAAUGAUUUCGCGGGUUGAGGGAAACAUAAGAUCUACUUUUGUCCAAAACCUUCAAAUUCUCAAGAUGGCAGAAAUUACUCUCCUUGAUCCGCAAGCAAGAGAGCAAUACGAUCUUCUUAGACGCCAUUACGGGACACAUCAGUACAAGUGGAUUGAAAUGACAAUUUCGAAAAAUCGCCAACAGAGAGAGGGUCAACACAAAUUAAAUGAAUACAAUCAAAAAGUCAACCAAGGAAUUGAGUAUGACACGAGAAGGUCGCGCAAAGAGCAGGACCGAGUCAAAGUUUUAAUAGCGGAGAAAGAGGCGUACGCAAACGAAAAUGAAGGACUCCGUAAUCGUUGGGUCGAUUUACAGAGAGCUUACAACGCCAACAAAAAUGGGAUAGGCAAGGCCGUGCAAUUGGCCUUUGAUAAAUUAGAGAAAGCGGUAAAAGAAUGGUUGGAGGCGGUCCAGUUCGAGAAAGUGGCGAGAGCAGAGUUUCUCGAGGCGUUGAAAGCCGGCUCCGAAGAGGGCAUUUUACAUGCGAAGGCCAUUCACAAAUCCGCUCUCAAGUCCACCCAAUCGACCCAAGAGCACAAGGAUUCAAUACUCGAACUUUUCUUCAGUAUUGGAGAGCUAGGCGAUGACUUGACGAAGGACAAGCUCAGAAUCUUUUACCAAACUAUGAUAGACAAGUAUAACUUUCCGAGCGCGUUGUCACGAGAAAGGGAGGAGCUCGAGGAAUCAAACCAUCAAGAAUAUUAUCAGCGCAUGAAGGCAACAAUAGAAAAAGAGGAGACUGACCGUGCAGGCGAGCUCGCUAAUUGGCACAGGAACAAUUCUUCAAGUUCCUGGAGGAGCACUCCUCCAUUUCCCUUUUACCACGACCUAGACAGCGCGAUGUUCGAGCCUGGCAGUGUAAGGGCCGAGAUGACUGAGGAAGAGAGGAAGGAGAUGGAGCUCGUUGAGAAAACAGAGGCCGAAAAAGAGAAAAAGGAGGCCGAAAAGGCCAAAAAGGAGGCCGAAAAGGAUCGUUCGACAAAGGCACGUGCCGAAAAGAGAGGGAAGAAGGCCGCCGAGGCAGAACGCUUGAGGGUUGAGGCCGCCGAGAAGGAACGCAAGGAGCAAGAGCGCAUUGAGAAGCGGGAGGCCACCAAGGCAAGGAAGGCGGCCGAGAAGGAGCUUGCAGCAAAGGCGCGUGCAGAAAAGAAGGCUGCAAAGGCGGAAAAGAAGGACCGGGAAGAGCAGGCUGCGAAGGCGGAAAAGAAGGACCGGGAAGAGAAGGCAGCGGCAAAGAAGGACCGGGAAGAGAGGGCAAAGCAUCAGACCCGUGCAGCAUCGGCGCGAACAGUUCGAGGCAGGGUGACUCGCGAGACAUUGACGCCGCCAGUUGAAGCCAGGAAAACCCGUGCAGCAUCGGCGCAGCCAGUUGGUGUCAGGAAGACCCGGAGCAACAGCAAACGUCCAUCUCCCAGUUUAGCUGAUCAGGAGGGGGUUGCUGAGCGAGUGUUGGAGGCGGUGGAGGAAGAGUCUGAUGAUAUCGAGAUCGUGGAAGUGGUCAAGAGGGAGCCGUCUCUCUCUCCCGUCUAA